AAGGGUAAAAUAAAAAUCCAAUCUUUGAGAAUCCUCGACGGAUUUGAAAAGCAAGAAUUAGCAAAAGUGAAAUAAAUGAGGCAAAAUCCGGGAGGUGGUGGUUUAAGAGGAGGGGGUUGUGGUGCAUGGAGGUCAUUUUGCAAUACUACACCGUUUGAUACAGCAUCAGCAUUAGCUGUCUGUCUGGUUUUCAGAGGUGGUGGAAUUCUCGAAAGAAUGGCGGCUCCUGCUAAUCUUGAUGCUAUUUGGAGAGAGAUUGAAGAUGAGUUGUUGGUUUCUGGGAUGAAUCUUCGUAGCCUUUGCUCCUCUUCUUCCAUUGAUGAACUCAUCGCCCACCUUGUGAGGGUAGAGCGAGUUCUUACGAGGGUAUGGCAAGAGCCUCCGACGUUUAUAACUAACGCCCUUCUCCCGGCAAAGACAGCUCUCGUCAAAGACGAGCUCGUAAACCAUCCACAUGAAAAUAUCCAAUUCAUAGUUGCGUCGUGCCUCAAUCAGGUUACGAGAAUAACUGCUCCAGUCCAACCGUAUCCCGAUAAUCAAAUGAAGGAUGUCUUCCGAUUGUUCAUCGUUGCACUUAGGCAGUUGCCAUGUGGGACCGGCGACAACUUUUCGAGAGCUGUGCAAAUUCUUGGAGCUAUGGCGAAAAUGAAAACGGUCCUGAUUAUGAUGGACUUGGAUAUUGAUCAAUUAAUUGUUGAUAUGUUCCAAUUUUUCUUCGACUCGAUUAGGCCGAGUCACCCGGUUACGAUCUUCAAAAACAUGUUAGCUAUAAUGACAUUGGUGAUAGAAGAGAGUGGUGAAGUGUCUUUCGAACUUCUCAAGCCGCUGUUGGUCAGUGUGAGAAUGGAUAAUAAGAAUACUGCAUACGUUCCAUGGGAGUUGGGAAAAUGCGUCAUUGAAAAAUGUUCGAUGAAACUCCAGCCUUAUAUUAGAGAAGCUGUGAAGAAAAUGAACGUGGAAGUUAACGAUUAUGCUGAGAUAGUCGUUUCGUUAUGCCAGGAUACAUCUAACAAGAACAUGAUGGCGGAAGAAAUUACGACAGCUGCGGCGCUUUUGAGUGAUGGGGUAGUGGACCCCACUCCGCACGUGAACGAUGGAAAUAGAAAUGAAAAUGCGACGGAUAAAGAGAAUUCGACGGAACUUAAAAGCAACGAAUUAGGAUCGGAGAACGAUCCAGCAGAAAUUGUUCAUCAACAUCGAAGGGGAAGAAAACCGAACUCUUUGAUGAAGCCCGAAGAAGGCUAUGAACACAUUUGGACAAUUGGAGAAAGCAAAUCGCGUAAAGCAUUAUCACGUGACGGUGAUAAUAAACGGAAAAGAAAAACAAAAUUACGUAGUGAUUCUUCUUCACAUGGAGAAUUUGAUUCUGUCGACGAAGGAAGUUUCGGCAAAAGGGAAAUCUUGCAAUCUGAGACGAAGGAGAGAGGUUCAAAAAGAACCAAGAAGAAAAGUGAAGGAGUAAUUGCAGGAUCGAGUACUGUACAGAAGAGAGAAGGCACUGUUUCGGUUGGAAAAGAUAAGUCGUCGUCACUUCAAGAAUCUGAUAGGUGGAAAGAAAUCAGGGAUGCGAUUAUUUCCCGUAAUCCCGAGUUAAUAGACCUUGCAGACAGGAUGGUGGCAUCUCCUGAUAGAGACGAGUCCCCUGAGAAUUUGGCUCUAGAAGAGGAAGAGAUGUCGAAUGCUGAUUACGGGGAGGAAAUCGUAAACGUAAGAAUAAAGGUUUGGUGGCCAAUGGACAAAACGUUCUACACGGGCACCGUUGAAUCUUUUGAUCCUUCGACGAAGAAGCAUAAGAUAAGAUAUGAUGACGACGAGGAAGAAGUAGUGGACCUGAAAGAAGAAAGAUGGGAGCUUUUCAACGAGAGGCAGUUUCAUCAAACUCAAUCCAUUCAGAAUCAAGAAGUCGACAUCCCAUCUCCUGUUAAAGAGACUGUUAUGAAUGAGAAAAAGAUGACAAAGAGAAAGGCAGGUUCAUCGAGAAAACAGCUUAAUCCCUCAUCAUCGAAAAUAUCAAAAAGUGAAAGCUGUAGCCCCGUUCACGUGAAAAACGAACCAGAUGAAGAGAUGCCUGAAUUUUCAUUCAAGCAUGGAAAAAACCGAUCUAGCAAAAAAAAGUCAAAAACCAUGAAAAAGAAGAGUGGGCUUUAAUUAAACCUUUGAUUGAAUUGGUGAAAAUUGCAUCGAGAGGUUUCGGAAAAGAAUAGGAAAACGAGGAUUCGUUAUGACUUUAUCUUCUUCUUCUUCUUGUGAGUAAAGUUUAAUUAUUUCAUCGAUAUUUUGAUUAAUUAGUUUCAUUUAAUAGCCUUGAUCGAACUGCUAUAAAUAGAAGCAUGCGAUGCCUUUCAAAGAAAAUAUACUCUUAUUUAUUUAGCCAGCUGUAGUAAUAAGCGUCGGGAUUGUAUAAAUCGAAUUUUCACGAAACGACACUUGUUGAAAACUGAAUUCUGUUGUGCUCGACAGAUAUCAAAGCGCCUCUAAUUGUACGGAUUUUGCAGCAGACGACUAGGCAUUUAUUUAUUGUACAGAACUAUCGACUCCGGCUAAAAAGGGUAAAAAGGGCAUUGUCCGCUUGCUCGAGAAUUAUCUAAUGAGCCACCGAUGAAUUUGUAUAGUUUGUCUUCUAGAUAUGAACUAUUCAAUGUAUUUUUAGUGACGUUCGAAUUGUGUAAUUUUGUUUUCUGUUCGGAUUUUUUGUGCUAGUUCUUUUGUGGCAAGUAUUAAUGGCCAUUUUACAACAAAUA